GCAAUAGUUGAAUAUUUGACUCUAUUUCCAGUUGUACGACUACUCAAAGAGUCACUCUGUGGACGCUUUUCUCACAGAUUUUACAUUGAAAUAAUUUUUAUGGGCUGUGAAGUAACCUAACUGUGGCCUCACCAUGAAACCCGAGUUCCACCUGAGCAGAGGAAACAUUCAUAUUUAGGGUGUGCUGUCCUUUAAAAGCCUGCUGAGCGGAGCAGCGUAGACCUGCAGACGGCAGAGACGGGCGGCCUGUGAGCUCACAGCGGAGCAGGAUGGACUGAUUACCUGAGCAGCUGGAGGCGAUGUUCAGAUUUGUUUGCCAUGGAAACGGACAUGAUACCAAAAUUCUCCUCAAAAGAUGAGGAAAUCGACUUCUGGAAGGCUCUUUCCCUCAAGUACAAGACCCGCUGCCAGGAGGCCCGGGAGGAGCUGCUGGAGUUUCAGGAGGGCAGCCGGGAGCUGGAGGCCGAGCUGGAAGCGCAGCUGGGCCAGGCCGAGCAUCGUAUGAAAGACCUGCAGACCGAGAACCGCAGACUGAAGACUGAGGUCGAAACCCUCAAGGACAAGCUGGAGCAGCAGUACUCUCAGAGCUACAAGCAGAUCUCCUCGCUGGAGGACGACCUCGGCCAGACGCGCAGCAUCAAGGAUCAGCUCCACAAAUACGUCCGAGAGCUCGAACAGUCCAACGAUGACUUGGAAAGAGCCAAAAGAGCGACCAUCGUGUCUCUGGAGAACUUCGAGCAGCGUCUGAACCAGGCCAUCGAGAGGAACGCCUUCCUGGAGAGCGAGCUGGAUGAGAAGGAGUCGCUCCUGGUGUCUGUGCAGAGGCUGAAGGACGAAGCCAGAGACUUGCGGCAGGAGCUGGCCGUCAGGGAGAGGCAGUCAGACAUGAGCAGGAUGUCGGCGCCGAGCUCGCCCACUCAGGACGGCGUGAAGAUGGACACGGCCGUUCAGGCCUCUCUGUCGCUGCCGGCCACCCCGCUGAGCAAAGGUCUGGACAACGCCUUCGCCAACCCAGCAGCGCUCUCCAAUGGAUUCGGCAGCAACUCGCCGUUGACUCCGUCUGCGAGGAUUUCAGCCCUCAACAUCGUCAGCGAUCUACUCCGGAAAGUCGGGGCUCUGGAGUCCAAGCUCGCCGCUUGUAGGAACUUCGCCAAGGACCAGAGGGCGAGGAAGGCGUACGCUCUCGACAACGCGAACGCCAACAGCUACUCGCAGUCACUCCACGCGUCGUAUUUCGACAAAGCCAGGACCGUGAACGGAGUGAAAGCCGGUGCCCUGACGGCCAUCACCGCCCCUCCUGCCGCCUCGUCUCCAGGCUUGGUGCCCCUCGCUGUGUGACCCCCCCCCCGAACUAAUCCAACACGCUUGUCCUGCGAUUGGAAAGUCACCUUUGAACAGAGAAGCCCGUGGGAGCGGGACUGCUGGUGUGCUGUUACCUGGGCGUCCUCUGUUGACACCUGUGCUUCGUUCCUGCUGUCGUUCUGGGUCUGUCUGUGUAUUUCAUGUUACUGUAUCUGCUGUUCGCUCACUGACACGUUUAAACAUUCCUCCAGGACGUGUUUGCCUCUAAAAAAGGGAAAUAUUAUGCAAUUAAAAUGUGCUUUCAGCAGAAAUUCUGAUGAACGUUAACACGAGCGGCUUGUACUCACUGCUCUAACAGCAAUAAGUUGAAUUGAGGCGGCAGCGAAGAGCAGGUUUACCGGCACUGACGUCUCGUGUCUCCGUCAGUUAUCGAUGUUUCAAGACGUCCAGAAGCUCGCAGGCUGUUUCCAACCCAGUCUGAGGAGGAUUCAAGUGAUUCUGGCUUUUAACCGUUACCUCGUGACCCCUGUCGUGACUGCACCUGAGUCUCUGUGUCAUUGAACCCCCCUCUGAACUGUGUGACAUGAUGUGUACAGUAUUGGUCAUAUUGAUCGUUAUUUAUAGACAGACAGUCGUCGUGUUAACCAGCAUUCUGUCGUCACCAGUGUUUUAUCCUCAGUCUUUUUAUUGAAUUUUAAUUUUCUGUUCUGUACACGAGAAACGAGUGAAGCACUUUGACCUUUUUUUCAUUUUCAUCAUGUGCAAUAUUGCCUGUUUGUUAUCGUUUAUUUAUUUCAGAUUCCUUUUACGGCAUGUUUUAAUAAAAGAUGUAAUUAUACUCUG